CGAACCGGAUCGCAACAGUGCAGCGCACGCAGUGACUCGAUCAAGUUGUUCAACGGGACAAGUGAACCAAAAACACUGAAUUGAUUGAAGAAUUUCGGAGGUGUUUCUUAUAAGUUACCAAAAAACAAACCUUACAAAAUGCAUUCCACAGUGAACGUUCGGUGGAUGGUUCUGGGACUGACGGUGUGUUUCCUAAUGGCGAAAAGUAUCGGCGAUGCCAAACCGGUGGACGUGUGGGAUCAGCUAACGGCCGAAAGUGGAAAAAUGUUUUACAAAAUGUUGGAAUACCUGAGUGAUUACGAUGAUUUCGAUGAUUCGGACAAAACCUACCAAAAGCGGGAGGGUUCUUCUGUUCCGCUGCAAACGAGCAAUCGAGUCGAUUCCGGGGCCAAGAAUAACAGUGAAAAGUGCAAACUUCCCCCCAGGAGGGGACUCUGUCGUGCUUUGCUGCCCCGAUGGAGAUACGACAUGGACUCGAAGAGCUGUCACGAGUUCACCUUUGGGGGCUGUGAUGGAAACGCGAACAAUUUCAUGACGUACGAGAAGUGUAUGGAUACCUGCCGAGGCGUGUGAAAAGAGUACAACAAACUUUUUUUUUGAUGCUCCAGAAAGCAUCAAUCGACAAACCAACCAAAUUCAACAAAAAACAUGAAAUUCAACAUGACAAUUGUUUGGUUCCAAACAAAAUGAGUGGCUGGAAUCGUUGGACCAUUCAGAGAUGUCGGAAUCGGUUGAGAACACCAAGCUUCAAAAUUGGCUGAUCACAAACAAAUAUUCGCUAUAGACAGACUGCUUCCCCACCAAGUGAUAGAUUUUUUUGUUAUUAUUUUAUGGUUUGUUAAGCUGUAAGCUGAAAACUGAACGCGAUACUAUGUAGGAUGUUUUCUCUCUCAAUAAGCUGUUUUUUUUAAACCACACUAUUUUAUAAGUUUUGAUUAAGGUAUUUAUUAAAUAAAUAUUUUGAUU